CUCUUUAUUCUUAACGUAUCCCCCUCUCUUCUCCGAUUCAGGUUCUCUCUUUCUCUAGUUCCCUUCUAGACAGUUCUAAUCUCUGUGAUCCAUGGCGUCGUCUGAUCUCGAACUGAAGGCCAAAGAGGCCUUCAUCGACGACCACUUCGAGCUUGCAGUGGAUCUAUAUACGCAAGCAAUUGCGCUUAACCCUAACAGCGCUGAGCUUUUCGCUGACCGGGCUCAGGCCAAUAUCAAACUCGAAAACUUCACCGAGGCUGUGGCGGAUUCAAACAGAGCAAUCGAGUUGGAUCUCUCAAUGGCUAAAGCAUAUCUGCGAAAAGCUUUUCUUAUUGGUGCUUUGAGUUUCUUUCCAGAGGAAACAGGUAAUUUGCCAAAGCAGUCAUCUGAAAAUGUGCCAAUGAAUGUCAUGCCUGUAAAAGAUGAGCCAGUGAAUGAGCCCAAUCAGAUUACAGUGGCAACAUCGGCCAAACCAAAGUAUAGGCAUGAGUUUUAUCAGAAACCGGAGGAAGUCGUUGUGACAAUAUUUGCCAAGGGAGUACCAGCUAAUAGUGUCUCUGUUGACUAUGGUGAACAAAUUCUAAGCAUUAGUAUUGACACUCCUGGUCAGGAAGUUUAUCAUUUUCAACCUCGUUUGUUUGGAAAGAUUAUACCUGAUCGUUGCCGACAUGUUGUCUUAUCCACCAAAAUUGAAGUUCGCCUUGCAAAAGCCGAGCGUAUUCACUGGAAUUCUCUUGAAUUCAGCCAGGAAAAUGCAGUUGUACAAAGGGUUAAUGUGUCCUCUGUUACUGCAGCUCAGAGGCCAACCUACCCAUCUUCAAAACCCAAAAGGGUUGAUUGGGAUAAACUUGAAGCUCAAGUGAAAAAGGAGGAGAAAGAAGAAAAGUUAGAUGGUGAUGCAGCUUUAAACAAAUUUUUCCAGGACAUUUAUCGGGAUGCUGACGAGGACGCAAGAAGAGCCAUGAGCAAGUCCUUUGUGGAAUCGAAUGGCACAGUGCUGUCAACAAACUGGAAAGAAGUUGGUUCCAAGAAGGUCGAGGGUAGCCCACCUGAAGGCAUGGAAAUGAAAAGUUGGGAUCAUUAAAACUAUUGCUCCAAUCAGACAUCAUGUGACAUAAGAGAAUGAUUUUGCUUCAUGUUUCGUCUGGUUGUGAAAUGUGCGAGUCAUGCCUGUGGCUCAGGAGGCACUAGUAGAUCGAAAUCUUUCCUUUUUUCCUUUUUAACUUCUUGGGCUUGUCACAUAUUUUCUAUUUGUGUCUUUCCAAAAGUGUGGCAUAUCUAGAAAUUGCAGUGAACUUGUUUGUCUCCUGGUCGAACUUUUAGUGAUCCAUAUAAUUUCUGCUAAGUUGGUCUGCACAUAAGUUAUUGUGCUUGUUUCAGAGUUGCUGGAAAAAUCAAGUGAAUGGACAUGAUAAAUUUGUUAUUUAUGAUUCUGUCUUGAACUCGAACAAUUUUCGUCCCAAA